GAGGAAGGUUACCCGCUGCAGUCAGCGCACAUCCGUCCAUGAUGGCCGCCUCAAGUUCUCUUUACAAGCACGACUCUUCCAGAUAUCUCCGCGCGAAGAUUAUCAUAACUAUCCUCCGUUUUCUCGCUUAUAUGAAGAUGAUUCGUAACAUUCGACGUGACUCGUACCUCCCUCCCAACAUGGUAUUAGAAAAAAUUCAAAUUCCGUCGCGAGAUUCUCACCGCACGAUUGAAGCGCAUAUCUACUAUCCACCUGGAUACGAUCCAUCAUCUUCCCCGCCUCCACUGCCUGUCUUAAUCAACUGGCAUGCAAGUGGAUUCAUCUUGCCACAACUUGGGACCGAUCGAGCAUACUGUAUGCGUAUGGCGAGGGAUGCUGGUAUCAUCGUUGUAGACUCUGAUUACCGCAAGGGUCCAGAAAACAUAUUUCCAGCGGCAGUACAUGACGCUGUCGAUACAGUGCGAUGGGUAUAUUCUCACCCGGAUCGAUUCGAUAUUAACAGCAUCGCCUUAUCGGGUUUUAGUUCUGGCGGAAAUCUUGCGCUGGUUACUUCAGCUAUGUCUGCUUCGUCACUGAAAGACGUAAGAAUUAACGCGGUCAUCUUGUACUAUCCAAUUACAAAUUUCACCCUUGACCCAGCAUCAAGAGUUAGGCAAGACAUAAACAACAGGCUUGCUAUCUCAUUAGUGAGAUUGAUUUAUUCUUGCUACGUCCCGGAGAUGUCUAUGCGCAAGGAUGUCCGUGCUUCGCCAAUCUUGGACGAUCCAAGUUUUUUUCCUGAGACAGUAGUCAUCUUCACGUGUGAAGGAGACAAUAUAGAUCUAGAAGCUGAAAAAUUGGCGCGCGAAAUAGACGAUGGAUCGAGGACGGUAGUGCUUAGAAGAUUGAAAGCUAUUGGCCACAAUUGGGAUAAAGGAGUAACUAAGGGAUCAACCUAUGAGAAGAUGAGAGAUGAGGCGUACGGGGAGACAGUGGAGAUACUGAAGAAAUUGGGAUAG